UGGAGGAAACAAAUCGGACAGUGGAGCGACGCUACGAAAGAUUAGGUGUAGUCUAUCCGCAAAAUCCGCCUCCAUCCUUUAAAUUUGGGGCAAUAAUGACCCCCCAAAAUACGGAUAACAUAAACUACGCGUUUCGCACUAUCGAAUGAUAUCGAUAUUUUAAGUCUUCGUUUCCCAGAAAGAUAAAAAAGGGAUGGUGACAUUUUGCAUUGUUACAAUAGGAGCUGGGAUGAUUGUGGGGGGCGGGGGAAUGUGAAUUAAGGGUUAGGGUUGUAAAGCAGUCAAGGAAGGAGGACUAACCGAGGCAACGUAAACAAAAGAUUCAAAGCUUAACAUUACCGAUACGCAACGUUUAACUACCGAGAUACACACACGAAGCAACAGACGUAGUUAACGUUUGCUAUUAACGAAAUGGAGCUGAGAGUGGGGAACCGAUACAGACUGGGCAGAAAAAUCGGAAGUGGUUCUUUCGGGGACAUCUAUUUAGGCACAGAUAUUUCAGUGGGUGAGGAGGUUGCGAUUAAGUUGGAAUGUGUGAAGACCAAACACCCCCAGCUCCACAUCGAGAGCAAGAUCUACAAGAUGAUGCAAGGAGGAGUGGGCAUUCCAACCAUAAAGUGGUGCGGAGCAGAAGGUGACUACAACGUGAUGGUGAUGGAGCUGCUGGGGCCCAGCCUGGAGGAUCUCUUCAACUUUUGCUCCCGCAAGUUCAGCCUCAAGACAGUGCUGCUGCUCGCUGAUCAGAUGAUCAGUCGCAUUGAGUACAUUCACUCCAAGAACUUCAUCCACAGAGAUGUGAAGCCUGAUAACUUCCUGAUGGGUCUGGGCAAAAAGGGCAACCUGGUCUACAUUAUUGACUUUGGCCUGGCUAAAAAGUAUCGUGACGCUCGCACACACCAGCACAUCCCCUACCGCGAGAACAAGAACCUGACUGGCACUGCACGCUACGCCUCCAUCAACACACAUCUGGGGAUUGAGCAGUCGCGGCGCGAUGACCUGGAGUCCUUGGGCUAUGUUCUCAUGUAUUUUAAUCUGGGCUCGUUGCCCUGGCAAGGCCUCAAGGCUGCCACCAAGAGGCAGAAGUAUGAACGGAUCAGUGAGAAGAAAAUGUCCACCCCCAUUGAGGUGCUUUGCAAGGGAUACCCCUCUGAGUUUGCAACCUACCUGAAUUUCUGUCGUUCCCUGCGCUUCGAUGACAAGCCGGACUACUCGUACCUACGGCAGCUCUUCAGAAACCUGUUCCACAGACAGGGCUUCUCUUAUGACUAUGUCUUUGACUGGAACAUGCUCAAGUUUGGAGCCAACCGUGCAGCAGAGGAAGCAGAGAGAGAGCGCCGGGACCGAGAGGACAGGCUGAGGCACGGCAGGAACCCUGUGGCCCGAGGAAUACCUGCUGCAUCAGGACGGCCACGAGGAGCCCAGGACGGAGCUCCGCCCACCCCUCUAACUCCUACCUCCCACACAGCAAACACGUCCCCUCGACAAGUGUCUGGGAUGGAGCGUGAACGAAAGGUCAGCAUGCGACUGCACCGCGGCGCUCCUGUCAAUGUGUCAUCAUCGGAUCUAACAGGACGGCAGGACACGUCCCGCAUGUCCACCUCACAGAAUAGUAUUCCCUACGAGCAUCACGCCAAGUAGACGCUCGCCACGUCCUUGUGUGACGGCGGCAACACUGGAUGGUGUCCGCCGUACCGACUGCUGGCCUCCAUCUCCUAGCUCCUCGAUGAGCCCCCACAAUGCACCCUGGCGGACCAAGCACCGUUCACUCAGAAGCAAUCCGUCAUACUAAUACUACCAUUCAUUACCACAACCACAGUGAGCUUCUGGCUCACCACAAACUGCUUUCUGACUGACUGCUCUCAGUUCUGUCGCCUCCUUCAGACGUCUACACUAUCUCCCUCCCUCCCUUCCUGUUUCUGUGUGCUGGUCUGACCUACCAAAACAUUAAACAGCGCCGGACCUCAGGACCCCGCCCCCCCACCACCAGAUUGAAUGGACAGUGCUUUGACCAGGGCAAACAUGGCCGCCAGUCUUUUCUAGGACACUGACUAAUGAAACAACAGUUGAGGUUCCUUCCUCUGCCCAAACGUGUGUCCUCGAUGGCCCUACAUUUCCACCGUCACUGUCUGCUAGUUCAUACCUGAUCAAUAAAACCCCUUUCUUUCUUUCGUGCAGUAAAGUGUAUGAAUCUGAAGCAGCAGCUCUUCAUUUUCUAUAAAUAUAUACAUGUAUGGGUAGUUUUUUGGGGUGGGAUGCUUUUCACUGGUAUUUGCAGGUUUCAUUCCCCUCAUUUUUUCUGUUUUCAGUUCUCAUCCCUACUGAUGGCUCUCUUCAGUAACUAUAUAGCCAUGUGUAUUAAAUAAAAAGAAAGUACUUCUUUGCAUGUUUUAGUGGUGAGUCUUCAGCGUCAGGUGUGUGAGGCUCGAGUGCUAGUUAAACCCAUGAAGCUACCAAACGUGUGCUUUGGUAUCUUGGGUGCAGGAGGUCUGUGUAUUCACCAUUAGUUGGCAGGAUGUUGUGUCUGUUCACCUCCAGGCCCUGGUGUCCUGUCCGAUGAGCCCUGUUCUUCUAGUGUUCUGUGCACUUUAUGUGGGCAGGAGGGGGGCAUCAUCUGACAUGUUGGACCAGGUGUUCAUUCCCUUUGUACAGAAAACAUUCUCAUUUUUCUUCUAUCAUUUUGAAGCUGUGAAUAACGUGUAAUAUUGAUGUGUAAAUGUGAGCUCAUCUGUAGGGAUGGGUCUGAACAGGACUUCUGGGCUCGGUCCCAUAAUGAGUACUAGUCCUCCUUCAGAGCCACGGGCUCGCUACAGAAAGCAGUGCACUGAAUCUGAAAGACAUUUUGUGUGACUGGCUUUGCUGUCACUGCUCUCAGUAUUAGAGGUUCAGUGAUCCGGCACCAGUGUGGCAAACUGCAAUGCUGCCACGUCACUGAAAACACAUCCUUUGUGAAUCCUGUUAAACAAUUCCUGAAAUGAUUCUUUGUUGAGAGGGAAGCUGAACAAAUGUUCACAGCAGCACAGUUUGUUUUUUUCUCUUUUUUGUCCUUUCAUAAUUAAAACUGGUGACUCUUCUGGCUUUGAUCACUUUGCCAUGUCUAUCGAACUGAAAUGGUCGGUCAUGGUUCAUUCUGGCUGCUUAUUCUCUUGUUUUGGAUUUUGACCCUUGACCUCUUCGGUCAGCGCUGAACACCUAGUGAAUUAUGUAAGCGGCCAGAUCAGCAAGAUUCACUUUCUCACAUUUAUAUUUGCCACUGUAUUUGUGUACUUAAACUGUAAAUAAAUGAAUUACUUGUA